UCAGUAGCCGUCAAGAUGUAUUCCGACAAAUGUCUCGGCAUUCGCGUCGUGGUUGUGAUUCAGCUGCUUGGCUGGGCAGCUGGUGCGAAUAUAUUGGCGUUGAUGGGCAUGACGUCCCACAGUCAUCACAUAUGGAAUAGCGUAUUGCUGUAUGAGCUGGCUGAGCGGGGUCACAAUUUGACCAUACUGUCUGUGGACUUGCCACGGCCCGAUGAUAAGGUCCCAGCCAAUGUCAGCUAUAUCCACCUGGAGCGUGCCUACGACUUUUACGUUGCGGGAGGCGCCGACAAUUUUGAUAUUAACGCGCUUAUUGGCAUUGGCGACUAUGUGACAAUUCCGAUUCAUUAUGAUUACGGCCUGAAAACUGCCGAAAGCAUAGCCGCAUCGCAGGGCUUGCAGCAGCUGCUGAACUAUCCGCCGGACUUUGAGUUUGAUGUGAUUAUCAACGACUAUACGCUGGGACCCUAUCUGCUGGGUUUCGCGCACAGAUUCCGCUACCCGCCCAUUAUUGGCAUAACAGCCUUUCACAACGCGCCUAUAACCCUGGACUUCAUGUCGAAUCACUACUUUCCCGCACUUGUACCCUACUUCUCGACUCUGUAUAACGCGAGCAUGAGCUUCUUUCAGCGUUUGGAUAAUACGCUUAUAUUUGCCGCGGACACAAUCUAUCGCCGGUGGUUCUACAAUCCCCAACUGGACGAAAUAAUGCGACCUGUUUUUGGGCCCGAUAUGCCGUCCCUUUCGGACUUGGCGAAGCUUACAAAGGUUUCACUGGUCAAUUCCCACCCCGCCACCAACUAUGUGGAGGCUUUGCCACCUAACGUUGUCGAGGUGGGUGGCAUGCAGGGCAGGCCGGGGCAGCCCCUGCCCAAGGAACUAGAUGAGUUUAUGAGAAGAGGCAAGCGCGGAGCCAUAUUGUUUUCGUUGGGCACCAAUAUGCUGCCACAGAAUGUGGACAGGGAGACUAAACUGAAAAUUGUGGAGGCCUUCAGGCAAUUGCCCGACUAUAAUUUCUUAUGGAAGUUCGACAAGGAGUAUUUGAGGGAUGUGCAGAUGCCGGACAAUGUAUUGGUGAAGGAUUUUCUGCCUCAAACUGAUGUCUUGGCUCAUACAUCUUUGGUGUUGUUCAUCUCGCACUGUGGGGGAUUAAGCACCCAGGAAGCGACCUGGCACGGUGUGCCCAUUGUCGGGAUUCCUUUAUUCCUCGAUCAGUAUCGGAACCUCAUCCAAACAAUUUCCGCCGGAGCCGCUGUUCAGGUCAACUACUUGAAUAUGACCACUGUCCAGCUGGUUUCAGCCAUUCGAGAGGUUGCCGAGAACAAGAAAUACGCGCAGGCCAUGAAGCUGCGCUCUCGACGCUUACGCGAUAAUCCUGUGCCACCCUUGGAGCUGGCCGUGUGGUGGGUGGAGUAUCUGCUACGCCAUCCCGACCCCGCUCACUUGCACUCGACAGCCAAGGAGCUGAACUACUUCCAGUCGCAUUCCUUGGAUGUGAUCGCAUUUCUGGCACUGAUUCCCAUGUUGCUCACAUAUGUGCUGCAGAGCCUAUGUAGGAGGAGCAGGAGGACGCGAAGGCGAAGGCCCAGCAGGAGGCAUCCCAAGCACGAUUGAGUUACCAAACCUUUUUUGCAUU